CAGUUCCCCCCCCCCCCCCCCACAGGUCGACUUCCUCCUGACCCCCUGCGACCCCGAGGACUUCACCUGCAGCGACGGCUCCUGCAUCAAGAUGACCCGCCGCUGCGACCAGAAGACCGACUGUCCGGAUAACAGCGACGAACUCAACUGCCGCAUCCUCCUCGUUCCUGAGGGAUACUCACCCGAACUCCCCCCUCCGAGUCUGGACAAGGACCCGCUCCCCCUCGCCGUGGCCUUCGAGAUCACCUCCGUCAGGCAGUUCGACCUCAUGGGCUUCCGGAUGCAGCUCGAGGUCGUGCAGAGCAUCACCUGGCGGGAUCCGAGGGUCAAGUUCGCUAACCUCCGCCCGGGGGAUUUCGUCAACGAGGCGAAGGCCCGGGAAAAGGUGUGGUUGCCGAAAGUGGUGAUUCAAGACGGCGCCCGCGGACCAACUGACGUCAUCAUGAGAGCCGAGUUCCUAUUGGUGGACCGCGAAGGGCCUCCACUUCCGGACGACGACACCAUGGCGGCCGAGGGUGUGUCCAAAGUCUAUCGAGCAAAGUCCAUGCAAAGUCUAGAAAAGUAAGGUCUCUGCGCAGCUUUGGGUGAUAAGGCUUAUGACGUCACUUGGCGAGGCUGAGAACGGGAGGAAGGGGGAUAAAGAAUGGUAGGCUGGGAGGAGAUAGUAGAAAAGAAGGGAAGGAAACUAAGUGUUUGCUCGUCUAAAAUAAUGCCGUUUUUUCCGGCGAUUUGACCACUGGACUGAUAUUACAGGCGAUGAUUAACAGCGGUUAUUUGUAGGUGUAUAUAUAGUAUAUUUUACUUGGUUUCAAUGUCAUAUUUCCUCGUGCUGCCGCCUAAGUAGUUAUAACAUAGAGCAAAAUGAACAAAGAUUACACGGGAUAGGAAUGGUAAUGUUGCUUUAUUUUAUCAAGUCAUGUGUAA